AUGUACCUGAGAGGAAGUUGGCGUGCUAAUAAUCAUUGGGGUUCAUCGGUUUCUAAGAGUAGAAUCCACAGCAAGAGGGAUAGAAAGUUGAAUGCUCUAGUAUCAAAGCAAGAUCUUCAUCAAUCUUCAAGCUCGUUACCAAGGAGAAGGAAGUUACAAUAUCUGAAGCUACCACCUACAUUGUUCACGUUCCAAUUUCUUGAAUCCGUCAUGAAAUUGCAAGUGAAAGACGUGUGCAAGAAGCAACAACACCACCCCAUUGAUUUGUUACCGAAACCAGAAGCAUGGUUAUUGUCUUUUGAAGUUCUUCACGUGGCUGCAGUGAAGCUCCAGAAAGUUUACAGGAGUUACAGGACAAGAAGAAAUCUCGCAGACUGCGCAAUUGUCUGCGAGGAGCUUUGGUGGAAGGCUUCUGAAUUUGCCGAUAAAACAGAAUCAGCUAUAUCAAAAUGGAGAAGAGCCAGAGCCAUGGCUGAUGAGAUGGGAAAAGAGUUUUCCAAAGAUUAUAAGGCGCAGAAUUUGGCUCUAAGUCACUGGCUUGAAGCUAUUGAUCCACGUCAUCGUUACGGCCACAACUUGCACUUUUAUUACAACAUCUGGUUUUGGAGCAAGAGUUCCCAACCCUUUUUUUACUGGCUGGAUGUUGGAGAUGGCAAGGAAGUUAACCUUGAAAUAUGCUUAAGAAAGAACUUGCAAAGGCAACGAAUUACUUACCUUGGACCUGAGGAGAGGGAAGCAUAUGAGGUGAUGAUUGUGGAAGGAGGAAAACUGGUUUAUAAGCAAAGCCAGAAACCUGUUCACACCACUGAUGGGUCUAAGUGGAUUUUUGUUCUUAGUCCAUCAAGAAUUUUGUAUGUUGGUCAGAAAAAGAAAGGAGAAUUCCAACAUUCUAGUUUUCUAGCUGGAGCUGUUACCACUUCUUCUGGAAGAUUAGUUGCCCAUAAUGGACUCAUUGAUGCUAUUUGGCCCUACAGUGGUCAUUACCGUCCAACAGCAAAGAAUUUCUUGGAAUUCUUACAUUUCUUGGAAGCUCACCAUGUUGAUUUGACUAAUGUCAAGAAAUAUCCGGUAGACGACGAUGUGCCAAGUGAAGUGGGAUCAAGUGAGUCACCAACAAAUGAAAACUCAGCAAUAAUACAAGCAAGCAAGUGGAGCACUGGAGUUGGUCCAAGAAUUGGUUGCAUGACAGAGUACCCUAAAGAGCUGCAAGUGAUGGCACUUGAGCACCUUGGAAGAUUUGUUGGCAUGGCACCCAUUGCAUCUCCAAGACCUACUCUCAAACUCCACCUCUCCCCUAAACUUGUCUAUAUGGGAAUAGAAUGA